ACCAUCACCCAUUACCCCCCCCAAUUCCUAAUUCAACCCCCCCUAAGUCUGGCUUGGUGUGUGUCACAGAAUCCCGUAUGCAGGUUGGGCAGCUACAGUGAUGGUGGCAUGGAAUGGAGACAAACCAACGACUGACCAGGCAUCAUUCGUCACAAUCCAGGUUACAUGGGAAAAGAGAAACAGGGCAUUGGCUGUAGGAACUCGAGGGGCUUUCGGGUGCGGGAAAUAAUCAUGGCCAGGGGUCCAGUAGGUUUGCACAUGACCUACGCAGGGGCACAGGAAAGACUAGAAGCACACACCACACCUAACACCACAAGUACACCACACGUACACCACAUCGUACACCAUCAUCAGCGUCAUCAGUAGCACCAGCAGCACCAACAGCACCACGUGAGUAGCAUCCAAAUUGGGGUUGGGGACGCCUCGGGCCUGUCUGGAAGCCUGAGAGCAUGCGAUCAAGCCUGGCGAUGCCUGGGACGAGACUUUCCCUCUUCUCUGCAUAAUUGGACUUGCUUGGCACAAAUCACCACUAACCCCUUCUGGCUACAGAGGUCCUUCAUGUUUUAUUUCCCCAUUCAUUACACUUGACAUGUCCCCGUCACCACUACAAAAGCUGCAUAUCCAACUCACAUCCAUCGGCCAAUACCAGUCCACAAGACUUAAUUGCCUUGAUUCGGAAGACUGGUGGCCUUGCAGCCUAGCUUGAGUCGCUUCCUGCUCAUUCAACCACCUUCUGGAGGACAAGCACAACCACCCCAACCUUGACCUUGUCCUAUCUCAAAAAGAACCAGCAGCUUGCACUUUGCGCAUAUCACAUUCUCAUCGACGGCGAAAGACUUCUCUUGAACCUGUCUCCUCUUCGCCAUGCUCCCAAUUUCCAGUCCUUCAGGGCCUCUAACGGCAUCUUCCCGCUUCUACAAGAUCUGCGCCCAGGUCCUCCUACCCUCCUUUCGCCGACAUCAAACGACCGCUCGAAGAACUCGAUCACGGUUAAACAUCAAACCUGAUGCCUCCUUCUUACCCACAAAGACCGAACAACAUGACCACAUCAUCUUCAACCCUCCACCGAGUAUGCCAAAUGUCUAUCACACCCCCAACAUCUUUCUUCCCAAGAACGACCAAAGAAAAAUCCAAAAGUCCUCCUCACAACAAUUACCGCCACCGAUGCCCAAGCAACCGGAAAAACGCUACCACCUUACAGAAACCGACUUGGCUGAAAUGCGCAGUCUUCGCUCACAAGACCCUCUGGAAUGGAGUGUAAAGAAGCUGGCGAAAAAAUUCAACUGUUCUAACCUGUUUGUCAUGUUUGUCACCGAAAAGCUUGCUGGACAGAAGAAGGAACAACAAGAACAAGUCACCGCUCUGGUUAAAUCAAGAUGGAGCGACAAGAAGAGAAUUGCCCGCGAAGACCGUGACGUGAGAAAAGAGAAAUGGUUUAGCGACGCUUGAUCAACUUGGUUUUUCUCUACCUUCUGGUUGCCAAGCUGUCCAACCACAGCUGGCCUGUUUCAUAAACAUGUAUAGAUAUAAAUGAGCGAAGAGAGCUCCUUCUCCUUGA